GUAGCAUGUCGGCUAGUAAGCUAGCUAAUGCGAUCGUAUGGCGAUUUUUCAUUAGCCUUUAACUAACCGAUUGACUCGUGUUUAACAUUGGGGACAAGGCUGAUUGGUGUAAUGAAAGGAAUACGGCUUGAAGUAGCUGUAAUUUGGAGCCGAGCCGUGUAGUUCCCCGUUAAAUAAUGAAUGUAUGAACACGGAUCAUCUAGCAGCUUUAAGCCUGUCCCGUAUUCCAGCGCACUGGGGGCUGUAAUCUGACAGAUAUCUCCAUAUUCAAGGAAAUGCCCAAUAUUGAAGUGCUGACUCUCAGUGCCAAUAGGAUCAGCUCCCUGGAGCCAGUCAGCCGCUGUCUGAGCCUAGGCGAGCUCUACCUACGACGGAACAGCAUCCAGAGUCUGGCGGAGCUGGCCUACCUGCGGCACCUGGCCCGGCUGCGCGUGCUAUGGCUGGCGGAAAACCCCUGUUGUGGUUCUGAUCCUACCAAGUACCGGCUCACCGUGCUGCGCAACCUGCCCAGUCUGCACAAGCUGGACAACCAAGUGGUGACGGAGGAGGAGCUGGCUCAGGCCCUCGAGGAAGGGGAGGAGAUCAGCACCCCCCCAGCACCUGCACCCUGCUCCGCCAAUGGGGGGUUAGAGGCUGACAGCGAGAGUGACCCCCUCAACUACAGCAUGGAGGAGACCAAUAAAAUCCGUGAGCAGCUGGGAAUGAAACCAAUACCCAGGGAUAAAUUUCCAUCCUUCUCUUCCCCACGGGACACGGGGAAACGGCCGCACGUGCUGGACGCAGUCUUGCUGCUGCUGAAGGAGCUGGAUCCCGAAGAGCUGCAGGUCGUCCGCAAGGCGACGGACAACAGGCUGCGCUCGCUGCGAAGACGCGACUGCCAGGCCGCGAUGGCUGACGUUAUCCAACAGUGAGCCGCACAGGGAUGGUGUGACCAGCAGGGGGCGAUAGUGAGAAUGUGCUAGGUACUGAUGCGACAAGCGAGACUCCAAAACCCACUGUGAGGGAAUAAUAGCUUGCAUUAACUGCUGGUUACUUGAUUGGUUUUACACAACUGGAACCAGUCAGUAACAGGCAGGGAAUGGUAACGCCCUCCACUAUGGGCCUCAGCUCUCUGUCACAUUGUGCUGGACAGGAACCUUGAGAGGAAAUGAAUACUAAUUGCCUUCCCCAAUCUCAUCUAAGUACCUUGAAAGCACCUCCAGAGUGUGAUAGCAUUGUUUUUUGAAGAAGCAAUUACAGACUGGCUGGGCUGGACGCUACCCGGUGCAGGAGGCCAGCAUUCCAGAGGAGUGACAUCAUCACUUCAUUGCUCCUGCCAUCACUGUGCUCAGUUACCAUGCAGAUUCCGCGUCAGUAACGACCAACGACUACUGGAAACCAACGAUCGAGCAAGAUGUUGCUUCUGUUUAUUAACUGUACUGCGUCAGCCGCUUUACGGUUUUGGUAAUUCUGCCAGUGUGUACGGUCCGUAGUUCGCCUGAGGUGUUGCUCAAAACUGAAUUUGGUUUGUUAGUAUUUAUGGAAAAUGGCAUGCUUGUUUAAAAUGUUUAUAGUCACACAUUUAUUUUCUAUAAAUAGAGGAAAAUGUAUUUUGUUUUUUUUUAGCACUUGGGCACAGGGCUUCUAUACCCUUAUAUAUAUAUAUAUAUAUUAUAUACCUUUUUUAGGUAUAAGGAUAUUGCUGAGGUAGUGCUACCUCUGGCCAGCAAUGCUGCAAAUGUUCACAUUAGUUAGGAUUCCCCAUCACCACCCCCCACCAUGCUCUGCGUCGUGUCCCUAAAGUUACAUGUAAGGCUUCGUACAGUUUAUUACCCAUUUUCCAUGUCCCAUUAAACUAGUGUGCUAAGGAUAAUCAAAAAUGAUAGUGGCAUAAGGCUGACCAGUAGAUGGCAGCACAGCCCCUUUUAAAAAAUUAUUCCCCAGGUUAUGGCCACACAACCAUAAUACUGGAAACUGUUACCAUGUGAACCUUUGUUGUUUCAUUUUAGCAUUAUGAAGGAGCAACGCUGUAGCAGAUGGGUUGGGCUUUGGGACGAUGCUAAUAAAGUAAUAAUCUACUCUCAGCACUAAUGCUUUGUACUAAGAAGUUAAAUAGCUGAUGUUUAUGCACAGCAGUUAUUACAAAAAGCCUAAAUGCUGUGACAGCCUGCGGUUUAAGAUGUGGCUACUUAUAGAUGUGGGUUCAUAUAGAAAACUGACACAGAUCAGCUUGGUUUGAGUGCACAACUUAUCUAGCAUGUUUGCUUGCAAACUGCUUGAAAUCGCUCUACUAAAGCUGAGUGUUGUACUCAUUUUCUAACUCCGUUGUUGCAAGGUUUUUGUAUAUGCUUAACAAAAACAUCUAUCUCCUUCCAUUAAAAAGUUUUCAGCAAAGAAAAGAAA